CCUACCACUACACCUACCACCAAACAUCUUAUCGGGACUCCUCGGUACCUUUCGCCCAGUUCAACGCUUAUACUCGCAGCUCUUUCCCAUCCCAUCCCACUUCCACAUGCUUAUACACAUGCGCCUACUUGUAUCAACAUCUCCAUCAUCAUCCCCGAUCGCUUUCGCCACGGUCUCUUCCUUGUGAUUCUCGGACAUAUAAGCUAUCUCGCAUCUCGCGCCCGAGCCCGCUCCUUCCUCAACCUCUUUUUUUCUUUCAAAAAACAUCGAUAUCCCCCCCCAUUCAACACCUUCACCAUGCGUCACUCUUGAAUAACGCAGUUGCGGUUGGGCUUCAGGACGGAUUGUUCAUCAUUUUACAACCGACGGACGGAUAUUAGCGGACUAUUAUUAUCAUCUUUCGGCUACUCUGCAAUACAUUCAUUCUUAUAAUUACCUUCAACCACCACCUCAACACGCCUCUCCGUCGCGUCAUUCAUUAAACAACAUCCCACAAUGAAGCUCUCCAAAGCAGCCCGCAUCAUCCUCGUCGGCGCCCCAGGCGUCGGCAAAGGCACCCAAUCCGCGCGCCUCCUAACCGCCUUCCCCCAACUCUCCGCCAUCUCCUCGGGCGACCUCCUGCGCACCCACGUCCAAAACCGCACCCCCCUCGGCAUCCGCGCCGAAUCCGCCAUCAAAGCCGGCUCUCUCGUCCCCGACGCCAUGAUCCUGCGCCUCAUCCUCGCCGAGCUCAAGGACCGCAACUGGCUCUUCCCCGGCCGUCCGGAGCAACCGUACACGCUGAACAGUAGCUCCGACGCGGGGGGAGAAGACGCCGCGUUCGUUGCCGGGGAUAUGUUAGAUACGCCGUCGCUGCUGGCGAGCUUUCCGGAGCCGAGGACUUGCGACAGGCCGGAGUCGUCGUUUAUUCUUGAUGGGUUCCCCAGGACGGCGGAGCAGGCGGUGCAGUUGGAUAAUCUCGUCCCCAUCAACCUUGUCGUGCACCUCGAUACGCCAUUCAGCGUCAUCAUGGACCGGAUCGCGGGGCGCUGGGUCCACGCGCCGUCGGGACGGAGUUACAAUACGAGUUUCAAUGCGCCGCGCGUGCCGGGACGCGAUGAUGUGACGGGGGAGAGGCUGACGAAGCGCGCGGAUGAUGAUGAGGGGGUUUGGUUGGAGAGGUUGGAGAAGUUCAAGGAGACGAGUGAGCCGCUGCUGGAGCAUUAUGCGAGGAAGGGGGUGUUGUGGAGGGUGGAGGGCGAGACGAGUGAUGAGAUUACGCCGAAGUUGCAUAAGGAGUUUGCGAGGCGUUUCGCGCUCAGGGACUGAGUGGCUGGAUAUAAUAAUGGGGCGGUUGAUGCAAGGCGCGUGAUACCCUGAGAUGGGCGACGCGGUGGAUAUUACGUGAACCAGACACGUACGAGGAAGGGAGGAUGUUUUUGAAAACCGAGUAACGGCCGCACAUGCGGGGCUACGGUUGGAGGGGUUUUCUGUAGGAUAUAUAGUCCAUGAGGGAGGGAUAUUAUCAGCGCGGAUCGAAUGGGAAUUGGGCGUUUUUAUUUAUUUAUGAUUAUUACAGCUUUCGAGAUUAUAUGAUUCGAAAUGCAAAUAUGGGAGGUUAUUUCUCUG